AUGAGUACGGCGGUCCAAGGUCUCUCUGCAUCCAUGCAUGCCCCCAUUGUCGCCUCUGACUCUGGUGGGAGACGCCCCGAUCGCGGCAAGGGUGGUCGGCGUCCACAUGAUCGGGGCCCGGGCAAGGUGAUGAAGAAGAAGAAGAAGAAGGAGAAGCGGUGCCGGGCUUGUGGAAAAAGGGGACACAACGCGGAGGAGUGCCGUCUUCUCAGCGUUGUCUUCAGCCAUCUUGCUCUGGCAACGACAAGGGCAAUUGCUACUCAAAGUAGCCGCAGCAGUCGCCCUCCCCUGGGCCCUCCGCAGCAGCACCCUCGUAUGAACUCGAGGCAACGUCGCACGGCACGUCGGCUGGCAGAGCGGCAGCGGCAGCAGCAGCUGGCGCAGCUGGCACAGCAAGCGCUGGAGCAGCUGGAGCAGCAGGCGCAGGAGCAGCUGGGACGCCAGCAGCAGUCUCCCCAAGAGUAG